UGUUUAAAAUUAUGAGAUGUUGUAUUUGACAGCUGUCAAAAUAAUAGUAUGAAAUCGUUGUGUUGAUUCAACAGAAUUGAAUGUUAUCGGGAUCAAAUUUAAAGUGUUCCAAAUCAGCCACGAAGGAGUAAUCUUGGCGAAUCACACGAGAAGGGGGGUCGUGAUUGGGGCGACGCCUGUCGGUGGUUUUGCGCAUUACGCGUUUCGACCAAUGUUUGAAAUGCCGAAACAUCAACGAAAUCAACGAAGACGUGGUGGCGGAAGCAAGAACGCCACAACUUCAAAUUUUAAUAGAUCGGCACCGAGGCGAGAUAUUAUCACCACAAUAGGGAAUGAUGAAGAUGAUGAUAGUCCGAUACGUGAACGCCCGCCGAGGCAUCUCCGUGGACGAGAAAUCGGUCUGUGGUAUGCGCAAAAAUCACGCGAACGGAAGGACCGCACUGAUUCUGAUCGUCCUGCUAAGUCGAUGGGCACAGUCAUCAUUCCAUCCGCAAAAGCCAAAGAAAUCACUAAAUUUCUUAGCCAAUUAGAGCCGCUUGAAAGUCUAAACCUCAAAGGCAACUAUGAUAAUGUCCCAAACUCUGAAUUCAAGCGCCAUUUUCUUGAUGUUAUCAACACAAACAUCAAAGAAAAACUAGCGAAUAUUAAGGAAGCACCGCGCGUUCCAUCCCUCGACGAAGAGUUAAAAUCAAAUUUUAAUUCACUGCAAAAUUCUACAAAAUAUACCUCCAUGCAGCGCAUUCGUGAGCGUCUGCCUGUUUACAAGUACAAAUCAAAGAUAGUUGACUUCGUAAACUCGAAACAAAUAGUCAUUAUAAGCGGAGAGACAGGCUGUGGUAAAACCACACAAAUCCCACAGUAUAUUCUCGAUGACCAUUUGAUAAAUGAGCGCGGCUCAGUUUGUAGAAUCGUGUGUUCUCAACCGCGGCGUAUUUCAGCGAUUGCAGUCGCCGAGCGCAUCGCUGAAGAACGCGGCGAACCUCUCGGAGAGAGCGUUGGUUACCAAAUUAGAUUAGAGAAUGUUCUACCGCGUAGUCGCGGCAGUAUCUUAUUCUGCACCACGGGUGUUAUACUCAAACAAAUGGAGAGCAACGUUGGGUUAGAUGGCGUCUCACAUCUUAUCCUCGAUGAAAUUCACGAACGAGAUGUUCUCAGUGAUUUCAUCAUUGCUUUAUUGAAGCAAAUCUUGAACAAGCGCAGUAGUUUGAAGGUGAUUUUGAUGAGCGCGACGCUCAAUGCGCAAAAAUUCGCCAACUACUUCCAAGUGGCGAACAUCAUUGAAAUUCCCGGGUUUACGCAUGAGGUAAAGGAGUAUUACCUAGAAGAUGCGCUUGUGAGGACCAAGUAUGAAUUCCCUGUGAAUCAGCCGAGACGGUAUAGCAAAUUUGAAAAGAGUAAUGAUUUCGUGGAUUUUAUUCUGCCACACGUGCGGCGCCUGGAGAGUAUGAGGUUGUAUCCACAGAGAGUGUGCAGGGAGCUGUUGAAGGAGGCUUCGGAAGAUAACAAUAUUGGAUUGGCAGUCGCUUUGGUUAAAGAUAUUUGCGCUAAUGAAAAGGACAAGGGUGCCAUUUUAGUCUUUCUCACUGGAUAUGCCGAAAUAUCCAGAAUGAAUCAAAUGAUGGAGGAUUCCGGCGCAUUCCCCAAGUCAAGGUACAUUAUUAUAGGAUUACACUCGCAAAUGCCCACCGCUCAACAGAAGGUUAUCUUCAAUCUUCCUCCUCCGGGCAUGCGCAAAAUUAUUCUUUCAACUAAUAUCGCCGAGACAAGUAUUACAAUCGACGAUGUUGUCUUUGUUAUCGAUUGUGGUAAGAUCAAAGUCACUGCAUUCAACUCCGAUAGCAAAGAAGACAGUCUAAGCGCCAUGUGGGUGACCAAAGCGAAUGCUGACCAACGUAGAGGGCGUGCAGGUCGUGUCCGCCCUGGCGUUUGUUACCACCUUUUCUCUCAAGCGCGUAAUAUGCUCCUGGAAGCCGAUCAAAAACCGGAGUUGCUCCGGAAGCGCCUAGACGACGUAAUUCUGAAUUUAAAAUUGUUACAACUCGGCUCGGCCGAGGAGUUUCUUGCCACUUGUUUGGACCCGCCGGAAGCUGAAAAUAUCCGCAUAUCUUUGGACUUUUUAAAACGACUUAAUGCGCUUGACGAAAACGAAGUGUUAACUCCUUUGGGAUACAACUUAGCACGGUUACCAGUCGCGCCUCAGAUGGCAAAAAUGAUGCUGCUUGGGACGCUUUUCAGUUGUAUCAAUCCAAUUGUAAAUAUUGCAUCUGCACUAGACUUUAAAGACGCAUUUAUCAUGCCUCUCGGUAAAGAAGAAGACUGUCGUCGACGUAAGAGGGAGCUGGCUGAUGGCUGCAUGAGCGAUCACCUUCUUUUUCAUAAAACCAUGACAAGAUACGAGUCUGUUUACGAUAAAAGCACAUUUUGCUGGGAGUAUUACCUCUCCAAUCAAACAAUGGCGCAACUAGUCAAGAUGAGACAAUUCGCGGAAACUUUGCACGAAUUGAACUUCCUCAACACGUCGAACAUAAAACUUCCUGCAGCCAACGUCAAUUCAGAUAAUAUCAGUCUAAUUAAAGCGAUUAUCUGUGCCAGUUUGUAUCCAAAUGUUAUCUACAAUAGCAGUCGGAUAUCAAAACGUGCAACCUACUGUAAAUUCUACACCCUGGACAAGAAACUGGUGGAUAUUCAUCCGAAGUCAGUCAUCAUGCGCAAUGACCAUUUCGAAUCGCCGUUUCUAGUCUAUUAUAAAAAAAUGCGCUCGACGAGCGAUUUUGUUCACGACGCCAGCGUCGUUUACACUCUGCCUUUGAUAUUCUUCGGCGAUCGCUUUAAAGUUGUUUGGGAGAAUGACGUGCCCUACAUGAGUAUUAACGACUCCUUGAAGUUCAAAACCAACGAGCCAACUCUGGCUAUCAUCAAGGAACUACGCCGCAGAUUAAAUGUGUUUUUGGAAAGGAAAGCUUGCCAACCAGUGCCGGUCGAUUGGGAUAAUGAAGAAGAAAUCUGCGUGUUGCGGGCAAUCAUAGACUUGAUCACCAUCGAACACCAGGGAUACGAAGCGGAAGACUUCGACUCAUUUAUCGACUCCGUCUAAAUACUCAAUACCUACUCGUUAUUAUGUGCAAAUGAACUUGUUUCUAUACACAACGUUUAAAUUU